UUCGCAAUUACGCCGCGGAAUAGAGGAAAGGGGGGAGAGAGAGGAGGGGGAAAAAAAUGAUUAAUCUGUCAAAGGCGAAUUUGUGUUCGGGAUGAGACCGCUCUGACAUUCAACCGACCGUAUAUCGAAGCUCACAGGCGAGCGCCGUUAGCGCACGGGAGUUUUCGAUUAAGCCGAUGCACCGCCACAUAGCAGGUGGCGCUUGUGUAAUCGUCCGGGGUCUUGUCACUCGUCUUUGCUGCCUGAUCUGCGCGUCGUUUCAGCACUGGACAGCGACCGGGACCAUCGGACACUGAAAACACCGAGGGAAUCCUGAGGCGGGUCGGUCCGACCCUCGCUUGGCUCGGGGCAACGCGCGGCUAGAUGACUUCACUACAUCAACAAGCACCGCGGUAGUCCUGGACUAAUAUAGCAGCGCCACAUCCACCGCCACCAACUCCCCCCACCCCCACACCCCCCAACUCUAUCUCCAUUCGCUGAUCCCGAGUCCCUCCGUCCAAAGGCACCAUGGGAAACCGUGGCAUGGAGGAGCUGAUCCCGCUGGUCAACAAGCUGCAGGAUGCUUUCAGCUCCAUCGGCCAGGCCUGCAACCUGGACCUGCCGCAGAUCGCGGUGGUCGGCGGCCAGAGCGCAGGAAAGAGCUCCGUGCUGGAGAACUUUGUGGGCAGGGACUUUCUGCCCCGUGGGUCUGGUAUUGUCACCCGCAGGCCCCUGGUUCUUCAGCUUAUCAGCGCCACUGCAGAGUGGGCUGAGUUCCUCCACUGCAAAGGGAAGAAGUUCACAGACUUCGAUGAGGUCCGCCAGGAGAUAGAGGCGGAGACGGACCGCGUCACGGGCGCCAACAAAGGCAUAUCUCCCGUCCCCAUCAACCUGCGGGUUUACUCACCUCACGUGCUGAACCUGACUCUCAUUGAUCUUCCGGGGAUCACUAAGGUGCCAGUUGGAGACCAGCCUGUGGACAUCGAGCAGCAGAUCAGGGAAAUGAUCAUGCAGUUCAUCACCAGAGAGAGCUGCUUGAUCCUGGCCGUCACUCCGGCCAACACUGACCUGGCCAACUCCGAUGCCCUGAAACUGGCGAAGGACGUGGACCCUCAGGGUCUCAGGACUAUUGGAGUGAUCACGAAGCUGGAUUUGAUGGACGAGGGCACGGACGCCCGCGAUGUGCUGGAGAACAAGUUGCUGCCGCUUCGAAGAGGGUACAUUGGAGUGGUGAACCGCAGUCAGAAGGACAUCGACGGGAGGAAAGACAUCAAGGCCGCUCUAGAAGCCGAGAGGAAGUUCUUCAUGUCCCACCCAUCGUACAGGCACAUGGCUGAUAAAAUGGGCACUCCGCGUCUGCAGAGAGUGCUCAACGAGCAACUGACCAACCACAUCCGGGACACCCUGCCAGCUUUCCGUAGCAAGCUGCAGUCCCAGCUGUUGGCUCUAGACAAGGAGGCAGAGGAAUACCGGGGAUACCGACCUGAUGACCCAUCUCGCAAAACCAAGCAGCUGCUGCAGAUGGUGCAGCAGUUCUCCGUGGACUUUGAGAAGAGGAUCGAGGGGUCAGGGGACCAGGUGGACACGGUGGAGCUGUCCGGCGGAGCGAAAAUCAACCGCAUCUUUCACGAGCGUUUCCCCUUUGAGCUGGUCAAGAUGGAGUGCGAUGAGAAGGAGAUGCGCCGCGAGAUCAGCUACGCCAUCAAGAACAUCCACGGCAUCAGGACUGGACUUUUCACCCCAGACAUGGCGUUUGAGGCCAUCGUGAAGAAGCAGGUCAUAAAGCUGAAGGAGCCUUGUGUCAAGUGUGUGGACAUGGUUAUCCAGGAGCUGAUUAAUACCGUGCGCCAGUGCUCCACUAAGCUGGAAUGCUUCCCCAGACUGCGCGAGGAGACUGAGAGGAUUGUGACUUCUCAUAUCCGAGACAGAGAGAGUCGGGCCAAAGACCAGGUUCUGCUGCUGAUUGACAUCCAGCUGUCUUACAUCAACACCAACCACGAGGACUUCAUUGGCUUUGCUAAUGCACAGCAGAGGAGCAGCCAGACUAAUAAGAGCCAGAGUUCGGCGGGAAAUCAGGUCAUCCGCAAAGGCUGGCUGACCAUUAACAACAUCAGCAUCAUGAAGGGAGGAGCCAAGGAGUACUGGUUUGUGCUGACUGCCGAGAGCCUCUCCUGGUUCAAAGAUGACGAGGAGAAAGAGAAGAAGUACAUGCUGCCCCUGGACAACCUGAAGGUCCGCGAUGUGGAGAAGAGUUUCAUGUCCAGCAAGCACAUAUUCUGCAUCUUCAACACGGAGUCACGGAAUGUGUAUAAGGACAAUCGCACCCUGGAGUUGGCCUGUGACUCUCAGGAUGACGUGGACAGCUGGAAAUCGUCUCUCCUACGUGCCGGGGUCUAUCCUGAGAAGACCGCAACGGUUGAGAGUGAGACCACCACCACCUCAGAAAACUUCUCCAUGGACCCCCAGCUGGAGCGUAAAGUGGAAACCAUCCGUAACCUGGUGGACUCGUACAUGGCUAUUGUCAAUAAGUGCAUCCGGGACCUCAUGCCCAAGACCAUCAUGCAUCUGAUGAUCAACAAUGUGAAGGACUUCAUCAACGCGGAGCUGUUGGCCCAGCUUUACUCCGCCGGUGACCAGAACUCUCUGAUGGACGAGUCCCAGGAGCAGGCCCAGAGGAGGGACGAGGUGCUGAGGACACACCAGGCCCUGAAGGAGGCCCUAGCCAUCAUUGGUGACAUCUCCACCACCACCAUCACUGUCCCGAUGCCUCCCCCUGUUGACACCUCCUGGAUGCCGGGAGGUGGAGGCCGCAGGUCUCCUCCAGCCAGCCCCACUGCCCCCAGGAGGAUGUCUUCAGGCCAGCGUCCUGCUCCUCGAGGGGCUCCGCCACCACCGAACCGUCCAGGCCCCCUGGGGCCCUUCAAUAACAGUGCUGACAGCCCUCAGGCUCCCAGCCGCCCGAACAGGGCCCCUCCUAGCAUCCCCAGUCGGCGACCCCCUCCGUCUCCCACAAGACAAGCCCCAUAAUCAUCCAAAAGAUAUCCUCACACCCUUAUCACCUCCCCCCCCUCAUCCACUCCCCUCCCCCUCCUCUCUUAGCCACGCCCCUGCUGUCCCGGUCUCUCCUUAGUGCAGACACUGACGUCUUUGACCCCUCUGACCCUCGAUUUCCUGCCAGGUGACGAUGUCCAUAUAUCUAUGUACAGUAUGGUACUUGUCUUGUGGUGUACGUGUAUGUGCGCUUGUUGCUCGCCUGUGGUUCAGGUUUGCUUAGCAGGUCCACUACCCAGUAUCAGUCCCUGGAACCUCUGCCCCUUCCCCGCACACUUGCCCCUCACCAGGUCAGCCACCACCCCACCCCCACUUGCUGCUUCUACAUGAAAAUACGCUCAGCAGUCCUACUGCCCUACUCAUUCCAAAAUGCAGCAUGGCACAUAAGCUGCUUUUAUUGCAUGGGAGUGCGUGUGUGUGUGUGUGUAGAGUGUGUGCGAGUGUAUUUUGUGUGUAUGUAUAUGGGGGAGGGACUAAUUUGCCUAUAUGUAGGCUGGGUUUGAUUUAGUAUUGUAUUAAUUUAUUGUAUAUUGUCCCCUCCUAAGUGUUAAUUAUCAGCUUGAUGUUCUUUUAGGAACAAAAGUUGUAUCUUAGUAUACGUGUGAACAUGCGUGCGAGUAAAUAUUGUGUGAAUAAUGUGUGCGUGUGCGUGUGUGUGCAGGUAUGUGAGGACACGUGUGCAUGUGCUGUCUGUCUGCACGUUUGUUCCGUUCCAUUUGUUUUCAUGGUCAAAGCUGUUAAAUGAUGAAUCAUAAAGCCCUCGGGGGUAAAUUCAAUGUUGGACAUUUUGUGAGUUGUUCCUGUGUUGUAGUAGCAGCCACACACAUAGCAAGGCUGAGGAGCACCUUCAGUAUUCUCUAUAUGGAAAACAGCCUCAACAAUACGUUUAACCUUGUCAUAGGUGUCCACCCGUGCUGUAUCAGUGGUCAAACCGUGACCCUUACAGCCUUAAGCUUCGAUUCAGACGCUGGCCAGUGAGAUGGAUGAUGCAACUUGCACACUGAAAAAAAAAAAAAAAGAGAGAAAAUUUCUCCAUUAAUGAAGAAAGAACAUCCUUUUACAUGUUUCCAUUUAGCCCUUUUCUCAGGUUUGAAACGUGCAACUCCAUUCACAUCGCGAACUCCUCCUUUUGCACCCUUCUAGUCUCCUCUUUCCUCGACUCGCUAACACCGAAAGCCAGACGGUCAGCGUCUGCGUCAGAGCUUAAGGUGGUAUUGUCAGUGUUCAAGUGCUUCUCUGUCGGUUUGUUAUUGUGUACGUGAGCCUAAACUGUGUUCUGGUGUAUAUAGGUAAUGAUAAGGAGAUACUGUACCUGUGGACUAUAAAGACCUCAUCACGGAUCCUAGCGCUUUAAUUGUUCUCUGUGUCUCUAUUCACUAAAUGCUCUCUUCUCUCUAAUUUAGACUGCCUUACCGGCAUGAAUUGCAAUUCUGUAUUGCCAAAGCUAAAUAUGGAAAGAGAAUUGGAAAGUUAGGGAAACAAAAAAUAAAUAAAUAAAUAAAUAAAUAGAAAAUCUGCUGAAGGCCGACAACAAAAUGGUUCCAGUUUAGUGAGGUGGUAUUGUUUAGCAAACGGCAUAAUGUGAAAUUGGGGAAAUGCAUCAGUUGUUAUUUUCUGUGUCUCUGUAUCGCUCCUCAAUAAACUUCUUCCUCAUAAUGGCA